UUGAUCGGCGGUCUGCUGCAAUAAAGAUCGUCGAGAAGCACUUGGGAAAGGAGGGGGGUGAUUUUCUUAAGAGAUGCAGAAACAUCGUCCAUCUCAUGAGAGAAGGAGGUCCAGCCGCAUUGCUACUCGAUAAUGGGGGCAGACCGCCCAGUGUGUAAGUUGUCGUGUCGUGCUCCGUUGACAUUGGCUAAUAUUGUAUAAGUUGGGAAAGAGAGAUGACGCUGAAUGAUAUCACUGCUUUCUAUGGGUACAAAAGGCAGAAUCUUUCGCAUAAACAAACCGAGUCGCAUAACCCCGACGCCGCAUGUGCAAUUAAGAACUGUUUUUUGGCCUAUGGGUGGUCCUUCCCAGAACUCUUACGCUCCAAGACUAAGGUGAUGGCAAUAUUGACGCCCCGCCUUCGAUCCAAAAGACUGCAUGCCGACGACGGACCCAGGGACUCUGAGCCUGGAAAUAAGAGACGCCGUGUUGAUCGACCAGGGGCAUUUACCUCAUGUCCUGACAACGAUUUCCAAGCAAGCUCGUUAGAUCAGUUCCUAUCGGGCAGCAUUGACCGAGCAACUUCAAGCGGAAGCGACAACACCGUGGAGUCAAUGAACAUAUCGAAUUCCUCACACCUCAUCUCCUUCGAUGCGAGAAAUGGGACACGGAAUCUCACAGAUCCUGCAAUGAUGGACAUCCUUAAUUUUGCUUUCAAUAACUUAGACGAGCUCACAGAUCCUGCAACGAUGGACGACCUUAGUGCUGCCUUUAAUAGUUCGCACGAGCUCACAAAACCUGCAGCAAUGGGUAGCCUGGAUUAUACAUUCGAUAAUUCAGACGGACUCGGCACCAUCAAUGGUCUAGCAGCAGACGAGCUUAGUUACGCCGCCGACCUUCUUCAUAGUUGGCCUAACCCCGGUCAUGAAACGGAUGCAUCCGUUGACGAGGUUCUUUGUAGGACCUUCACUGGAUCAGACCCUUCUAGGCACAUGUUUCUUCAAGGAGCAAUCUCUGUAGCCCAGCUCCCGGACGACUUCACAUACCAAUCCAUGCCCCAUAUCUCGAGUCCCACGAAAGCAAGCACACCUGGUUCUCUAGAUCCACGGACGUAGUGAGCUGUAAGUAUUAUAGGGUGAUAUUUAUCUAGUCGCUGCUGAUAUAGAACAGGAUUCCUCGUCCGUUGCUCGCGCGAAAUACAAUAGGGGACGAGUCUCGAAAAUACGCCACCGAACCGGACGGUAUCUCAUUUGGUCCACUGUCCGCGAUCUCAGGCAAAUUAAGA